UUUUUACCAUCGAUCCUGAUGGCCUGGGAUCGUUCCAAGUCAGAUGCGAUAUGAGCACAGAUGGGGGUGGCUGGACUGUGUUACAAAAUAGAUAUGAUGGAAGUCAAGAUUUCUACCUUGGAUGGUCGGACUAUAAAGCUGGCUUUGGUAAUUUGAGCGGCGAGUUUUGGCUGGGCCUCGAUAAACUACAUCGUUUGACGAAAUCUGGCGAAAAUGUUCUAAGAGUCGAUUUGAUGGAUUUCAAUGGCACUGAGGCUUUCGCGAAAUAUGGUGACUUUAGUGUGUCUGAUGAAUCAGGCAAAUACAGGUUGGCUAUCGGCAAUUAUUCAGGUGACGCAGGUGAUUCCCUUGCUUAUCACAAUGAAAUGCAGUUCUCAACCAAGGAUAGUGACAAUGAUGUUUGGAGUGGUAAUUGUGCUACGAGCUACAAAGGAGCUUGGUGGUACAACAGCUGUCAUGAUUCCAACCUCAAUGGCCCGUACCUGGAUGCAGGCCCGCAUGAAAAUGCCACCGGAAUUAUGUGGGAAUCUUGGCGCUAUCACUCACUGAAACAGAUGGAGAUGAUAAUUCGUCCAAAGCAGUUUUAACAUGCACAACCAUUAACAGUCAAACAUCCACUCGCUGCUAUUACGAUAAAUAAUCAAUUACACAGCGAUUUCUAAAUUUAAACAAAGAAACAAAGAGAUACGCUACGUUACGCCACGAUACGGUUAAAGUGGAAAA